GCGUCGACGAAAACGCCUUCUUCUUCUUCCUCCUCCUUCGCCGCCGCCCACCGCGCCAUCGCCUAUACAUACCCACCCCCCACCCACCUCCUUGUAAGUUGCAACCUCCCGCCUCACCCGCCGCCAUUGACGACCACCGCGCUCGUCCCAUCCCAUGCCUGCGGCCGUGACCGCGAGGUUGUGAGGAGAAGAGAGUCCCAAGAGAGGAGGAUCGAUGCGGCAGCGGCAGGCCGGCGAGCAGGAGGCGGAGCUGUUCGUCCAGUGGAGGCCCUGCGACAAGAAGCGGUCCUAGUCGCCCGCCGCCGCUCGCCCACUCGCCGGCGUCGUCGAUCUGAGAGGGACAGGGGAAGAGGAAGAAGCAGAGGAGGAGGAGGAUGAGCGUGUCGGGCGGGAGGACGCGGGUGGGGAGGUACGAGCUCGGGAGGACGCUCGGCGAGGGCACCUUCGCCAAGGUCAAGUUCGCCCGCAACGCGGACUCCGGCGAGAAUGUCGCCAUCAAGAUCCUCGACAAGGACAAGGUCCUCAAGCACAAGAUGAUCGCCCAGAUAAAGCGCGAGAUCUCCACCAUGAAGCUCAUCAGGCACCCCAACGUCAUCCGGAUGCAUGAGGUGAUGGCCAGCAAGACCAAAAUAUACAUAGUGAUGGAGCUUGUCACCGGUGGUGAACUUUUCGACAAGAUUGCUUCGCGUGGGAGGCUGAAAGAGGAUGAUGCAAGGAAGUAUUUUCAGCAGCUGAUCAACGCUGUCGAUUACUGUCAUAGCAGAGGAGUCUAUCACCGGGAUCUCAAGCCCGAAAAUCUUCUGCUUGAUGCUAGUGGCACUCUCAAAGUAUCAGAUUUUGGGCUGAGUGCACUGUCUCAACAAGUCAGAGAGGAUGGUCUGUUGCACACUACCUGUGGAACUCCUAAUUAUGUUGCUCCCGAGGUUAUCAACAACAAAGGAUAUGAUGGAGCCAAGGCUGAUCUGUGGUCAUGUGGAGUGAUUCUCUUUGUCCUCAUGGCAGGCUACCUUCCAUUUGAAGACUCAAACCUCAUGUCACUUUACAAGAAGAUCUUCAAAGCAGACUUCAGUUGCCCGUCUUGGUUCUCUACAAGUGCGAAGAAGCUCAUCAAGAAAAUACUAGAUCCUAAUCCUAGCACCAGGAUUACCAUCGCAGAGCUUAUCAACAAUGAGUGGUUCAAGAAGGGAUAUCAGCCUCCAAGGUUUGAGACAGCAGAUGUUAACCUGGAUGAUAUCAACUCUAUUUUUAAUGAAUCUGGGGACCAAACACAGCUUGUUGUCGAGAGGCGAGAAGAGAGGCCAUCAGUGAUGAAUGCUUUUGAGUUGAUCUCUACAUCUCAGGGUCUCAAUCUUGGCACACUCUUUGAAAAGCAAUCGGGUUCUGUGAAGCGAGAAACAAGAUUUGCAUCAAGGCUGCCUGCAAACGAGAUAUUGUCGAAAAUUGAAGCAGCUGCUGGACCCAUGGGCUUUAAUGUACAGAAGCGCAACUACAAGCUGAAGUUGCAAGGAGAGAAUCCAGGAAGGAAAGGUCAGCUUGCAAUUGCAACAGAGGUUUUUGAAGUCACGCCCUCGCUGUACAUGGUUGAGCUCCGCAAAUCUAACGGCGACACUCUUGAAUUCCAUAAGUUCUACCACAACAUCUCCAAUGGCCUGAAAGAUGUGAUGUGGAAGCCGGAGAGUAGCAUAAUCGCAGGCGAUGAGAUCCAGCAUCGGAGGUCACCUGCCCUGACAGAUACCGCAGCCCAAGUAGGGCCCAUAAAACAACCCGUGGGCCCGUCUCUUGUCCGACCGUUGCUGCGUUGCUGGCAGGUGGGGCCCACAACCAGCAGCGGCCCAACUCCCAACCCCGUUCCGUUCCGUUCCCCAUCUGCUCCUCCUUCCUUCCGUUCCAGCUUGACCCCGACGCGUACCCGACCCAUUCACUCUCUCUCCUCUCUCUCUCUCCUCUCGCCCGCAUCGGCCGCCAUGCGCGAGGAGGUGCGGAGCUCGUCGGCGGCGCCGCCCGACCCGCCGCCGCGCUCGGCCUCGCCGCCCGCCACCCCCGUCGCCAGUUCGGCUGGUGCAUCAUCACCACCUGCACAAACAAAUGCAGCUAGCAUAGAUUGGUUAGGUGGUGAGCCAAUAUCCAAAGUGGAAUCAUCAUCCCAGAUUGCUCCACAUGCUCCUCGGCCUUCUCUUAGUACUAAUGCUGCUGGAGCUGCCGUGGAUUUCUCUCAACCAUCUUGUAGACCAUGGGAACGAGGAGACUUGCUUCGGCGACUGGCCACAUUCAAGUCUUCAACAUGGGCUUCUAAGCCAAAGGCUGCUAGUUCACUGGCUUGUGCUCGAAGAGGCUGGGUGAACAUUGAAAUGGACAAAAUUGCAUGCGAGUCAUGUGGAGCACAUCUUAUAUUUACGGCAUUGACAUCUUGGUCCCCAGCUGAAGUUGCUAAUGCUGGGGAAGCCUUUGCGGAACAACUUGAUGCAUCGCACCUGGGUGAUUGUCCCUGGAGAGGAAAUAGCUGUGCUGAUAGCCUAGUCCAAUUCCACCUUACCCCAUCAGCUCUUGUUGGUGGUUUCAAAGAUCGCUGUGAUGGACUUUUGCAGUUUAUAUCUCUUCCUGUUAUUGCCAAAUCUGCAAUAGAGAGUAUGAAGCUCACAAGGAGUCCUCAGAUUGACCGUGUCUUAUCCCAAGCAAUCACUAUUUUAUCUGGAGAGCUGGGUUACAAAACAGACAGCACAACAGGAAUUGAUAUCAAUCAUCAAGAUGAGUCCUGUAGCUACUCUCAAGCACAGAAACUUAUAAGCCUUUGUGGAUGGGAACCUAGAUGGCUUCCAAAUGUACAGGACUGGGAAGAAAAUUCAACCCGUUCUGCCAAACAUACAGCCUCAGCUGAUCCAGAUCAGAUCCAUUCCCGUUUACCCGAGCAUAAGCAAAAUUCGUACUCUGCAUCAGUUAAGAAAGAUAAGGGCAAAGGAAAAAUUCAUGUAAAAGACUCUGGAUGCAGCAUGAGGUCACCUUUGCUUGAUUGCAGCUUAUGUGGAGCAACAGUGAGAAUAUGGGAUUUCAGAUCGGUGCCUCGUCCUUCUCAUCUUAGUAUCAAUAAUAUUGACGCACCUGAUAUGCGGAAGGGGGUGCUGACACGUGGAAUUAGUGCUACAAGUGGCAUCAAUGGAUGGGUUGCUGAAGGAACAGAAAGAGAGAAUGUUGAAGGACGUGGUGAGGCAGGUACCGAUGAGGGAAAAUCACUGUCAAAUGCUCAGGUUGACCUAAAUCUUACAAUGGCAGGUGGUUUGCCAUCUACGCAUUCUGUGAUGCCCUCUAUGCAUGAUCAUUUCAAUGAUGGAGGGAUGGGAAGAGAUCUGAUGAUUGGGCAGCCUACUGGAAGUGAGCUAGGUGGCUUUGCAGCCUCAUUUGAGUCUAGGGGUCCUAGUUCAAGAAAGCGCAAUCUGGAGGAAGGUGGGAGCACAGCUGAUAAGCCGCUAAAUAGGCUUCAUCCUGCUGACAGCAUAGAAGGAACUGUUAUUGACCGUGACGGUGAUGAAGUUGAUGAUGGCGCACAAGAUUCAGAUAUUCGGAGCAACAAAAGGCCUCGUGGUUUCAAUCUCUUCGAUGUGAAUCAACCAUCUUCUUCUGGAGCUGGUCCCAGCAGAAAUUUAAGUUUUGACCUGGAUAUAGAUGUCAAUAAAUUUGAUACAUAUAAAGCUGAAGGUCCAUCUGCCCUUCAUAACCCCUCUGCGUCGAUGAGGGCAUCUUCUGUUAUUGCGAUGGACACAGUCCACAGUGCAGAGGAAAAUUCAACAGAGAGUGUUGAAUACCAUCCAUGUGAUGUUGAUGACGUUCACAAGCCGUCUAGUGCUGUCAGGAGUGGUGGAAUGAGUGAGGCAUUGGAUCUUAACUAUAGCAACCAAGCACCGCAAAGCAGUUUUGUACAGCCUGCUGCUGAAAGUAAUGCAAGGGAGAUAGGAGGUAGUAGUAUGAAUGGAGGGGAGGAAGUCCUCAAUGCAGAAACUGCUCCUGCUUUUGCUAGGGACCAACUAAGCCUGGGAGUUAGUGGAGGGAGUGUUGGUAUGGGUGCUAGUCAUGAAGCCGAAAUUCAUGGAGUUGAUGUUUCUGAGCAUAAAACUGAUAGUGUUGUUGGAGAUGUGGAACCAGCUCCCGAGCUUACUGAAAAUAUGGGCAAUACUGGUGAGUCAGCCCCUGGACCUGGAAUGAUGGAUGAGUUUGUCCCUGAAGAUGUUGGCCGAGAAGAACCUCAGGGUGAUAGCCAAGAUGUGGCAUCUCGGUUAGUGGGUAGAGCUGACAGUGGCUCAAAGAUUUGUGGUUCAACUAAAGCUGAUUCUGUUGAGAGUGGAGAGAAGAUGAGCCAUGGCAUAGGUCAUGAGAGUAACCUACAGCAUUCCCUUUCUCGCAAUGCUAGAGUUUAUUCUGGCAUUGAUCUGUCUAAAGAUGAGGUGACACAGAUUGCUAAAUUGCCAGCAAAUGACGACUAUGAUCCAGGAGAUGAUCUUGCAGCAAACGGGGGAAAUGACUAUGAAGCAGGUCUUCCAGAAUUUGACCCAAUUAGUCAUCACAACAAUUAUUGCCCAUGGGUAAAUGGACAUGUUGCUGCGGCUUGCUGUAUCAAUACUGGUUCCAGCACUAGUACCGGACUUUCCGGCUGGCAGCUUACAGUAGAUGCACUGGAAACUAUCCAGUCUCUUGCUCAAGCCCAAAAUCAAAUUAUGCCGUCUGACUCUGCGGCAUCACUGUAUAAGGAUGACCAUGUGGCGCCUAGCCGCAAGCUGUUGAAAAGGGCUAGCCACAGCAAAUGUUAAUUGAAGCUCCUCCUAUACAGACAUACAUUUGGUGAACUUAACUAAUCCUUGUCACCAGCAUUUUCACAGUUCAAAUAGUUGACUGAUGCAAACCUGAGCAGAGUUGAUAUACUAUUUGCAAAAUUUAGGUUCUGGCCACUGACAGUCCAGAAGAGCUUUGAAGCUAUCCAUGAUCAGGUGGUGGAAGAUGAAUAAAUUAAGCUUCAACUUAGUUAUUGUAGAGUGUAGAUGAGUCUGCCUGGCCUUUUGCCGAGUUGUGCCCCCUUUGGUUGUAUUUUUGUAUUUCGAACCUCUUUGUAUCUAUUCAAGUUACAGACAGAUUAUCUAGUUAGUGAGGCUAGAACUUUGAACAACCUUGUCCUUUUUCGUCAAAGACCUAACUGUGCAAAUGUGCAACAUUUUGUCCAAUUAAGUAUUAGUUUCCGUUGUAUUUUGAUUGCUAUCAAAACUGGGUAUCGUUGCCGAUGCUGAUCAGAGCUAUCGGUGAUUAGCCCUCUCCUUUGACAA